AGGUGUCCACCUCUUAUAAUUUCAUUUCAUUUUCUGUCAAGCACGCAGCUAGUGGCUGAGUUCCUGAAUAUCAUCGGACGAAGUUUGUAAGUAUGGUUAAUUAUAUAGUUUUGGUCCUAUUGCUAGAGCAUCUUUUUAAUUUAUUUUUAAACUUUAUAUGGUGCAUGAAAAACCAUACUUGGCGAAGUUUUGGUUUGAGAAGGCAUGUGGGGCUUUUUUGCCUGUCCGUGUGGGACACAUGAUAUGAAGGUGAGACGCUUCCCGUCUGCUCGCGCGGCUGAUUUUUCUUUCUUAUUAGAUUUAUGCUUUAUUGCUUAUUAGAGCAACAAGAGGAGUUGCGGAAGUCAGUUUACUAUGAGUCCAUAUCUAGGGUAAAGCGGUUGUUACAUGGCAAACAUGAUAAAAUAUCUCCAGAAAUGUUUGACUCUGCUCUUAAGCAUGCAAUUACUUGUGGCCGGAAGAAAAUGGCACGCUACCUCUAUAGGGAGAUUCCACUUGAUUUUCUACGGGGAGACUCUGGCUUCUUCCUCCUAGAACGCUGUAUAACCAAACGAAUGUUUGGUAAAGAGUUCUACAACUCUUCUUCUCCUUAAUUGAUAUAUACUCUCUUUAUAUUAAAAUAAUAGAUGAUUUUUAAUUUU